UUCAGCGCCGCGUAGCGGUCGACUCUUCCAUUUGUUGUCCGUUUGUAAACAUGGCUCCUCCAACUAUGAAGAAAUCAAAAGGACCGACUAUCAAAAAACAAGCCCUUCGAGGUAAGGGUCAAAAGAAAAAAGUAUCCCUGAAAUUUACUAUUGACUGUACACAUCCAGCAGAAGAUAAUAUUAUGGAUGUAGCCAAUUUCGAAAAGUACCUGCAUGAAAAAAUCAAGGUUUCAGGGAAGACAAACAAUUUUGGCAAUAGUGUGAGCUUAGAAAGGGAUAAGAUGAAACUAUCCGUUAACAGUGAUAUUGACUUCUCCAAACGGUAUCUUAAAUAUUUGACAAAAAAGUAUUUGAAAAAAAAUAAACUACGUGAUUGGUUACGUGUUGUCUCAAAAGACAAGGAAACCUAUGAGUUAAGGUACUUCCAAAUUAACAGUCAAGAGGAUGAUGACGAAGAGGAUGCAGAAUAAACUUUAAUUCUAUAUGCAAUUACAGAAUUACAUAUGUCUGUACAUAUUUCUACAAAUAAAUAAAAAAAGAAAAUUUUUGCG